AUGGCGAGGUUGCGGAGGCCUCUACGAGCCUUCCUAGUUGCGGCGAUAUGUGCGACUACCUCAGCAUCAGCGAUACCGUUCCGUGCUCUUUUUGAGCGAGCAGACACAUGCCCCACCGACUUCUCCAGCUGUCCAGAUGGACUUCCCGACAACUUCUGUUGCCCGAAUGGACAAACAUGUAACGCCCUGGCGGGAAACACGACGGCUCUCUGCUGUCCAGAGGGUGCAAACUGCGACAGGAUACAGCCCAUCACAUGUGAUUUAUCACAGCAGGAUGCUUCAAAAUCCCCGACCAACCUCAUCAAGACCACGGCUCUGAACGCGGCUCUGGGACGCUGCGGAACCAACACCUGCUGCCCAUUUGGAUAUUCGUGCGACUCUGAUACGAAAUGCAAGAAGGACGCAAACCAGAACGCGGCGCCGAUAGAGACAACGCCGGUGUCUACCUCGACAACGGCAGUCACUUCGCUGCUCACCGCAACGGGCAAGCCAACGACCACAACGCCCACGGCAUCCGCAACCGUCUCUCCAGACCCCGUCUCCGCCACGUCCGAGGCACCGCAGCCUACCACAACAAGCAGCUCGUCCGGCGGGUCCUCCACCGCCGCCAUCGCGGGCGGUAUCGCGGGUGGCCUGAUAGCGGCGAUCCUCAUCGCGAUCCUGGUCUGCGUGUGCAUCAAGCGCAAGCAGAAGCAGAGAAAGGAGGCGGCCGCGGCUGACCCCCUGAAACUCAACCGCUCGACGUCGUCGUUCGGCAACAUCAUCGCCAACCCGCUCACGGCGGGCGGCCCCCACCUCAAGGGCCCGAUCAGCAAGCCCAUCAUCUCGGCGGGGUCGACGAUGCGCUCCGACUUUGCGCGGCGGAGCCCCGGCUCACAUCGCGACUCGUCCGGCUUCGGCGGCGGCGGCGUCGGCAUCGCCAGGGGCUCGGGCGACACCUAUGAGGAGCACGGCGCCAGCAGCCUGCCGAGCACGCCGUCGCGGACGCCGAGGACCCAGGUGCGCCCCGGCGUGGGCACGGCCGCGGUCCCGCCGAUCCGCAACAUGGCGGCGACGAGGCGCGAGCCGCCAGAGACGCCGCCGCCGCCGCAGCAGCGACGCGACCGCGAGCCCAGCUCCGUGAGCAUCAACGUGUUUGCGGACCCGACGGUCGCGACGCCGCAUAGCGGCCUGCUGACGCCGCACCGCGAGAGACGGCUCAGCCACCAGACUACCUUCACCGAUAUGAUGGAGCAGGCCGAUCUGGGCGGGAUAAGGCGCGGCGAGCCGUACGUGCCGCCGAGUGCACAGUCGAGUCCUGCGAGGAGAAGGUAG